GCCGAGUACUAUGCAUCUUCUUUCCAACCCUUUGGGAGGUCAGCGUGGGUCGCCUCUCAUCUCUUCCUGCUUUGGCUCGUAGACUCUUAAUUAGGAUGGCGGCGAAUCCUUCUCCUCUUCCGUCGUUUAAGAUAAUCUUGGGAUCUUCAUCGGUGGCUCGUCGGCAUAUUCUAUCCGAGAUGGGAUAUCAAUUUGAAGUCAUGACCGCAGACAUAGACGAGAAGAGUAUUCGCAGGGACAAUCCAGAUGAAUUGGUCAUGGUUCUUGCGGAGGCAAAGGCUGAUGCCAUCAUAUCCAGGAUAAUGUCCGAAGGUUACGUGGAAAGGAUUGAUGAACCAACACUCUUAAUUACUUCUGAUAUAGUGGUGGUCCAUGAAGGAAUAAUCAGAGAAAAGCCAAGCAGCACGGAAGAAGCCCGUCAGUUCCUCAAAGGCUAUUCUGGAGGCCAUGUAUCAACGGUGGGUUCAGUUCUUGUUACUAAUCUCAAGACAGGCAGGAGGUACGGAGGUUUGGACAAAGCUGAGGUCUAUUUCCAUGACAUACCAGAUGAGAUCGUCGAGAACCUGAUCGACGAGGGUGUUGUAUUCAAUGUUGCUGGUGGCUUACUGCUAGAACACCCAUUAACUUUGCCAUUUGUUGAAGCAGUGGUCGGAACCACGGAUAGUGUCAUGGGACUCGCAAAGGCUCUCACAGAAAAGCUUAUCCGUGAAGCGCUUCUGCCAGAUUCCUAAUCAACUUUGAGACUCUACGAUCAUGUAUGUACUUCAGCAAUCUGUUUGAUACCAUUUUUAUUGCCAAAUCAUGGCAUGUUCGCCGCCACCGCGAGAUUACAAAUGCGAAUGUUAAUGCAUUGCCUCUGAUGGUUACUAGUAGAACAGAUGGUUUAACAGUGAUACCGUAAGCUUGUCUUAGUUUCAAGCUUUGUCAACAUUGGAAUUAGAGAUUUUUUUUCUUUGUAUCAAUAUCAAUAACUUCUCCAUGAUAUGAAGAUUUCCGAUUACAUUUCUGUUUUAA